CAGCACGUCAAGGACGUCUGCUGGAGAUCUGGGUAUCAGGCUAGAUAUUUAUCUGAGGCAGACCACCGCACAUCCCAGCACAGCGGCGGUCCAAAUUUGUACAGCAAGAAAUACGCCCUAUUGUUCGGGAUGUGCCUGAAAUGCUGGCGGGGGUAGCUUGAUCCAAGCCGGUCUUUUUUUUUUUUUUUCCUUCAUUUUCGCCCUUUUUUCUUGGCGGAUAUACAGACGACUCUAUCUAGCCGGCAUCUCUUUCUACCCCUGGAGCCUGGGCGAUCUUUGCAUGGUGUAACAGGGAGGGGUUUUUAUAGGGACAGUGAGUGGCGCUCUCAAGGUCUGAAUGGAACCUUGCAGUAUCCAGACAGCGAUGGCUAUGGGGUUAUCCACUAAAAAAGCAUCUUCUAGAAAUAUUGCCGUGGAACGAAAAAAUCUCAUCACGGUUUGCAGGUUUUCAGUGAAGUCUCUACUGGAGAAAUACACAGCAGAGCCGAUCGAUGACUCAUCCGAGGAGUUUAUCAAUUUCGCAGCCAUUCUAGAGCAGAUCCUGAGCCAUCGGUUCAAAGGACCAGCCAGUUGGUUCAGCUAUGACGGUCAGAGGAGUUUUUGGGAUUUCAUCCGAUUGGCUUGUGGCAAAGUCCCGAACAACUGCGUCACCAGCAUUGAGAACAUGGAGAACAUUAACACUUCCAGGGCAAAGGGCCGUGCCUGGAUCCGAGUGGCACUGAUGGAGAAGCGCCUGUCUGAGUACAUUGCCACAGCACUGAGGGACUCCAGGACGACCAGGAGAUUCUAUGACGACGGCGCGAUCAUGCUGAGAGAGGAAGCCACGGUACUCACAGGGAUGCUGAUUGGUUUGAGCGCGAUAGACUUCAGGGCUAGCUGUGCUAACAAGCUGCCAUUCCUCACCUCUCCUCAGGAGAAAUACAAGCGUUUGGAGGCUGCGUUGAAGGCGGAGUCAGAGAAGAAAGAGCUGGAGGAGCGUGGGCGCCUGCCGGAGUCUCCCAAAACAGCAGAGGACAUCUGGCAGCAGAGCGUCAUCGGGGAUUACCUGGCCAGGUACCGGCCCACAUGA